AUGGAGAACGAGAGAAAUGUGGCUGACAAUCGCUAUGACUCGUUUAUGUCGAUUUUGACCAAGCUGGUUCACCAAAAAGAGCAGCAACCUACCACCAUUGUGCAAGCUACAACCUCAUCAUCAGGUGUCACAAAAAAUAUUUCUACUGUUCCCAUGAAUACUACAGUAGUUUCUCAUGUCGUUACACCUUCACGAACCCCAACUCAAACUACUCCCAUUUAUUCUCAAUCACCAUUACAUACCAUUGUCUCCUCAAGCCCUAAAGUUAUCACUAUUUCUCCACCAGCUUUGGAAUUACGUUUUGUUCCUUCAACAUAUGCUAAUUACCAAGCAGAACUGUUUAAACUAAAGCAAACUGGAUCAUUUGUGGAAUAUCAAGCUGCAUUUGAGAAACUAGGUAAUCAAGUUGUGGGGUUAUCUCAUGAAGCUAUCCUAAAUUGUUUUAUUUCAGGUUUGGCACCUGCUAUUCAAAAUGAAAUUGUCAUACACAAACCUGUUUCCAUUUCCCAAGCCAUUGGACUUGCCAAAUUAAUCGAAUCAAAAAUACAGGAUUCAAAACCUAAAUUUCAAAUCUUUUCCCCAAUGUUUUCCCUCCCUAACCCCCAUACACCAACCCCACCACCCUAUUCAGCAACCCUCAAACCAGUCACUACCACCCUGUGA